AUUUAAACAAGUACGCUAUAAGUACGAGUAAGCAUACGCUUUGCUUCACAAAGACCAGGAUCAUUGUUAGAAUACUCUAAACUCAUCAUGCGAUUUGUGCCUGUGCAAGUGCUGUUUGUUCUGCUCUGUAUGGCUGAAGCAACUAUUUCUGGUGCAAGAGAAGAGCAACAAGUGGAGAGAAAGGAAAAACGUGAAAUUGUCCCGUGUGAAAAGCAAGCCGUCUAUCAUGACAAAGUUGAAAAGCGAGAAGCCAGAUCUGCACAGCGUAAGAGGCGUGAGGAGGAGGGAUUGUCUCUAUGGGCCACGGAGGAAAAUUUGCACCGCACCACACGAAGUCAGACCUCGCAGCCCUUCGUUGCAAAGAAUUCCCGGGUUAACAAGCGUCAAAGACGCCAUGAAGAGGAAUUGUUGAACUGGGUCGAAUUUCACCACACUAAGCGAAGAGAGACGCCUCGAACUUGGGUUGCAAAGCGUACCCAACAUAACAAGCGAAGUGAUAAUCAGACUGGGAGGCACAGGAAAAUUCUCCGUCGCAAGCGGUAUGCAACACCUUUCAGCGAGACUGCAGGGGAAUCCUGCCGAGACAAACGGGGUGCUGGGGCAAAGAAGGUGCUUUGGACAAAGGAAAAAAUGCAUAAAGACAAGCGAAGCGCGGGAUAUGUCACCUCGGUGGAAGAUAACCAUACCCACAAAAAAGGCGCCGUAUUGAAGACUGCGCUGGCGACACCUGUGGGUCAAAAUGCAACAAGCACGUGAAAAUAGGGGGCGCCUGCAUCAAUGAUCGGUGUGUCUGUUUCCAUCGAUAAUCUGGGAGCACCGUGUAUGAAUCUGGCAGUGCUCAAGGAAUAAAACUUAAUGAUAAACUCUCCGUGCUUUUGUUUAUUGAAAACCAACUUUAAUGCGCAUGUUCCAGUAGACAAAUUCAGACAAAUGGUUGAUGUGGAUGAAUUAGUCUCUCUCUCUCUAUCAUUUUCCGCUCUUUUUUCCAUCUACACCGAUAAAGCAACGUGUUAUUAUCAUGAAUACUGUCUACCUCUCUCUCUCUCUCUCUCUCUCUCUCUCUCAUUUUCCACUCUUUUUCCAUCUAAACCCAUAGAGCAACGUGUUAUUAUCAUGAAUAAGUUCUAUCCCAACAGUCGCGUUAAUUGCUCAUUCAGCCAUGAAAACAGCAGUUAU